UGUCAAUCGCUGCUGCCGGAACGUCUUACGUCGUGUUACAAACUCUGAAACAGUAAAAAACUUACGUUUAUUACUGAAAGUGACCAUGGCUGAUAACAGAGAAGCCGAUAAGAAGGAAAACAGCGACAGACUCAGGCCAGCGAUCCGCAGUCACCAGCGGACGCCGUCCGGCUCGCGCGACUUCAAGGAGGCGACCAAGCGGGAUGCCCUCGCCAGGGUGGAGGUGGAACUGGAGAGGCUGGUCAGCACUCUCCCUGACAACAGGAAGACCCUGGUGGAGAAGGAGUUCCGAGGAUUCAAGAACUUGUUCAGCAGGUUCUUGGCUGAACAGGGCCCAUCAGUAACAUGGGAAAAGAUCGAAAAACUCCCAGAAGGGGCGGUCAUAGACUACACCACCCUCCCGACGCCAACCACAGACCACAUCCACCAUAUGCUGGACAAACUGGUGGUGGUGAAGCUGAAUGGUGGCCUGGGGACCUCCAUGGGAUGUAAGGGACCCAAGUCGGUCAUACAAGUGAGGAAUGAGCUCACGUUCUUGGACUUGACUGUGCAGCAGAUUGAGCAUCUAAACAAGACUUACAAAUGCAACGUGCCGCUAGUGCUGAUGAACUCUUUCAACACGGACGACGACACACAGAAAGUGAUCCGCAAGUACAAGGGCCUGAAGCUGGACAUCCACACCUUCAACCAGUCCUGCCACCCUCGCAUCAACCGCGAGUCCUUGUUGCCAGUCGCGAAAACUGGAGACGUGCACGCUGAUAUUGACGCCUGGUACCCGCCCGGUCACGGCGACUUCUACGAGUCGUUCUACAACUCCGGUCUCCUCCAGAAGUUCAUCAAAGAAGGACGUACCUACUGCUUCAUCAGCAACAUCGAUAACCUUGGCGCUACUGUUGACCUGAACAUCCUCAAUCUACUCCUCAACCCAGAUCCUCAGAAGACCAUCUCAGAAUUCGUCAUGGAAGUCACUGACAAGACCAGAGCUGACGUCAAAGGAGGAACUCUCAUUCAGUAUGAGGACAAACUACGUUUGCUAGAAAUAGCUCAAGUCCCAAAAGAACACGUGGACGACUUCAAAUCGGUCAGCCAGUUCAAAUUCUUCAACACCAACAAUCUCUGGGCGAAGUUGGACGCCAUCCAACGAGUAGUAGACCAGGGUUCCUUGAAUAUGGAGAUUAUUGUCAACAACAAGCAUUUGGGUGAUGGGAUCAACGUGAUCCAAUUGGAAACGGCUGUAGGUGCCGCUAUGAAGUGCUUCGAGGGAGGUAUUGGAGUCAAUGUGCCUAGGAGCAGAUUCUUACCAGUGAAAAAGACAUCAGAUCUCCUGCUGGUGAUGUCAAACUUAUACAGUCUGUCACACGGAUCCUUAGUAAUGUCUCCACAAAGGAUGUUCCCUUCAACGCCGCUGGUGAAACUCGGCGACAACCAUUUCGCGAAAGUGAAAGAGUUCCUGAACAGAUUCGCGACUAUUCCGGAUUUGAUUGAGCUGGACCACUUGACCGUUUCGGGCGAUGUCACGUUCGGGAGAGGAGUUUCUUUAAAGGGCACCGUAAUAAUCAUAGCCAACCACGGAGAUCGAAUUGACAUCCCUUCUGGCGCAGUUCUCGAGAACAAAAUAGUCUCCGGUAACCUACGCAUCCUGGACCACUGAUCCUACGAGGCAUACUUACACUUACUGUCAUACGGUGAGCGUAGAUACUGUAGGUUUACUCUGAAAAUGUGUCUUUGUGAGAAAAUCUUUUUAAUGAUGUAAAGUAGAAAAUGGCAAAUUCCCCAGGUGGGAAAUGAAUCCAUGGCCUUUUGCUUACUGGUUGAAUGUUUAGGCCAUUGUGUUAUAAAAACAUUGGGUAUCCUGUCGAAAGUAAUACGUAAUUAUUUUAGGUGUGAGCUAGCGUUGUUUCGUCGAUGCUUAGUAUUUUUUUCUGGCAAGUAUUUUGAUACAUUUUGUCUUAAAAUAGUGGUUAUAUUGCUGUUUCAUCUAGAGCAAAACAUGACUUAAAUAAGAAUUGCUUGUAGUAUGUACUCAAUAUGUUGGCUACAAGGGGCAUAUUUAUGCAAUUUCAUAAGUCAUUCAGAAUUUUAUUGCUUCUGAAAAUGUCUUGAAUAAGAUAUUUGUAACUAAAUCCAAUUACACAUUUUCAUGGUAGACCUAACUAUUCCUAGACUUUUCUAUCUCCCUUCGCGAUACAAUGCACUGCAUCAGUGAAAUCAAAUUUCUAAUUGUUUUUAUAAAGCACCGGCGUAGCUGGCAAUAUUACCAGUUAACGGACUGCCACAACAAACAGUAUCGGAACUAAAAAAAUACCAACCGAAUUGAGAACCUCCUUUUGUUGAAGUUGGUUAAAAAUCAUACUUAGCAGAAUUGAUACUGUUUGUUGUAGCAGUCGGUCUAUCUAAUACAGUGGUUCUUAACCGGUGGUCCGCGGACCACUGGUGGUCCCUGGAGACAUUCCAAGUGGUCCACGAAGUGCACUUGCACACCUUGGUUAAAACCACUUUUAACUGAUUUUUGCAGUCAAACUGGUUUUGACCGAUUAUGAGGUGGUCCCUGACAAGACAGAAAUUUGGUAAAAUGGUCCCUCAUGACUUAAAGGUUAAGAACCACUGAUCUAAUACAUAGAUCGAGCAGUGGCAUAAAUGUUUUGUGUAUAUCAUUAAUUUAGUACAAUACCAUAGAGUAGAUUAUAGCACAAGUGUGACUGAGAGUGCGAAUGAAUUCAUGUUAGUUCGUGCUGGAGUGAAAAUAUAAUA